GGAAGUUGACACUGCGAGACCGAGACACUGAGACCCCGCCCCAUCCUAGAUCCGAGUCGCUCCGGGAAGACUAAACGGAAGUCUCUGUGUUCCUAUAGAAAGCUGGCUAGGGGCGAGGGGUGUCAUGGCCGCGGACAGUGACGAUGGUGUGCCUUCAGUUCCAACGCCCUCUGACGGUGGUGUCAACAGAACCACACAAUCUGCAGAGGAGUUUGUAGUUCGGGUUCCCGUGGUAGAUGUGCAGAGUGACAACUUCAAGGAGAUAUGGCCGUCACUCUUGCUAGCCUUAAAGACAGCUAGCUUUGUGGCGGUGGACACGGAGCUGAGUGGCCUUGGGGAUAGGAAGAGUCUGCUGAACCAGUGCAUCGAGGAACGUUAUAAGGCCGUGUGUCAUGCUGCCAGGACCCGUUCUGUCCUGUCCCUGGGCCUCGCCUGCUUCAAGCAGCAACCAGAUAAGGGUGACAGUUCUUACUUGGCUCAAGUGUUCAAUCUCACCCUACUGUGCAUGGAGGAGUACGUUAUAGAACCGAAGUCGGUGCAGUUCCUGGUACAGCAUGGCUUCAACUUCAACCGGCAGUAUGCUCAGGGGAUCCCCUACCAUAAAGGCAACGACAAGGGAGAUGAGAGCCAGAGCCAGUCAGUACGGACACUGUUCCUUGAACUAAUUCGAGCCCGGCGGCCGCUGGUGCUGCACAAUGGGCUUAUAGACUUGGUGUUCCUGUACCAGAAUUUCUACGCUCACUUGCCUGAGAACUUAGGAACCUUCACUGCUGACCUGUGUGAGAUGUUCCCAGCAGGCAUUUAUGACACCAAAUAUGCUGCAGAGUUCCACGCUCGAUUUGUGGCUUCCUACUUAGAAUACGCUUUCCGGAAAUGUGAGCGCGAAAAUGGGAAGCAGCGGGCAGCUGGCAGCCCACAUGUUGCCCUGGAAUUCUGCAGCUAUCCUUCUAGCAUGAGAGGCCACAUUGACUACCGCUGCUGUAUGUCCCCUGUGAGCUGCCGUCGUUCUCAUACCACUGGCAUCUGUGACAAGUUCUCGGCCUAUGGCUGGUGCCCUCUAGGACCACAGUGUCCUCAGUCACACGAUAUUGACCUUAUAAUUGACACGGAUGAGGCUGUGGCAGAGGACAAGCGGAGACGGCGGCGACGUAAGGACAAACGGAAGAGGGCUUUGCAGAGUCAACCAGGGACACAGAACUUGGAGGAAGCUGAAGAUGGUCCUCCCACAAAGCAGGUCUGUGAAGAUAGCCUCAAGACUGAGAAAAUUGAACAAAAAGUGGCAGAAGGUGAUCAGCUUGGCUCCACACAAGGUCACAAAGAUAGCCUGGAGAUGGCGUGUAAGAGGACAGCUGAUGUGCCUACCUCAGAGCUGCUGGUGAACCAAGCCAGUCCUAAUCCUGUACCCGGGGAUGGGCUACACCGUGCUGGGUUUGAUGCCUUUAUGACAGGUUAUGUGAUGGCCUAUGUGGGCCUGAGCAAGGGACUUCAACUCUGUAGCUCUGAACCUUGGCUUCCUGAAUGUCACAACAAGGUAUAUCUAAGCGGCAAAACUGUGCCCCUCACAGUGGCCAAGAGCCAGUUUUCCCGUCCUUCCAAAGCCCACAACCAGAAGAUGAAGCUGGCUUGGGGCAGCAGCUGACUCCAGUAUCUGCCUGUGUUUGUCAUCCCAGGAGCCUACAUAGUGAAUUCUAAGUCGGGCAGAGCUAUGUAGCAAAAUAGUAUUUCAAAUAGAAGUCAUUUGAGUCUUUACUCUAUGUAUGUCCAUUUAACUGCUUACAGAGUUGACAAGCAGGUCCUGGCAGACACAGUACUGUUUUCUUUGUAAACUCAGAGGGUACAAAUAAGGCUAACUAGCACCUGCAACAUCAACUUUAUUAUUUUUUUAAUCUGAAAGUGUUUUGGGGAAAGUUUUUUUU